CAACCACCUGAGCCACUGCCUGUUCACCCCGUUAUCAUCCAGAAGGGUAAACAGUCUACCAUCAUGCAGUGGAUGUUAUUCCUAGUGCUGUUCUCAGUGAAAGACUUAACAGAACCAGUAAACGGAACUAUGACGGCUGCCUCUACACCUGUUAUGACAACAAGAGAGAUGCCCACCAUCCGCAUGGUGAACGGCAACAACCGCUGCCAGGGCCGUGUGGAGGUGUUCCAUAUCAAUCAGUGGGGCACGGUGUGUGAUGACCUUUGGGACCUUCAAGAUGCCCAGGUGGUGUGUGGGCAGCUGGGCUGUGGCACCGCCAUCUCAGCCAAUUCGCAGGCCUACUUCGGCACCGGCUUGGACCCUAUCCUCUUAGAUGAUGUAGACUGCAAUGGAAGCGAGAUAGAUCUCACAAACUGCUCACACUUAGGCUGGGGAAUGCACAACUGUAACCAUAAUGAGGACGCUGGAGUCAUCUGCACGGAGUCCCCCACUAAGACGAUACAGAUGGUGAGAGUGGAGCUGACCCCUGAUUCACCUACGAACUUAAGUGAUCCUGCCGUGAGUGAGGCCAUUUUGCAGCAGAUAAAAGCCAAACUGAGAGCUCGGGGGAUGUCUGACACCGUUAAACUGAGUUGGAAAGUGCAGCCCGAUGAAGAAAUUUUCCACAAGAAGGAGAUGGGAAAGAGUCCGAAAAUGAGGAGGAAGAGGUCAGAACUUUAAAUACACAUAGGCAAAUAUACAGUGUACAAACCAUUAAAAACACCUUCCCAAUAUUAAAGGUACUAUGCACUAUC